AUGCAGUAUCUCCACGACAACGGCGUCUGCACGGACAGCAGCUACCCGUACACGUCGGUGGAAGGUGGAACCGCUGCAGCUUGUGUGAAGACGUGCACCCCGGUCAAGUCGGGCAUCACUGACAUUGUAAGGCUUAAAGCCGGUGAUGAAAGCGCUCUCCUAGGAGCCGUUAAGAAGCAGCCCGUUGUCGUAUCGGUAAUAUCGAAUAACUCGGCGUGGAAGCAGUACAGAAGCGGAGUUAUCACAUCCUGCAACGUCGCGACAAUUGACCACGCUGUGCUUGCCGUCGGCUACGACGCCACUACUAUCAAGAUCAAGAAUUCCUGGGGCACUGACUGGGGCGAGGACGGCUACGUACGCAUCAGCCGCAGUCCGCAGGGCAUGGGCACAUGCGCCGUGCUCACCGACAUGUCGUACCCCAAAGUGUAA